UCCUGCCUGCACAGACCCUCAGCUCAGCAUGCAUCCCCCUGGCUUCAGGUUGUUGCUGGUCUCCUCCCUUCUCUUCGUUGGGCUGUCAGCUGCCCCUCAAAGCUUCUCACCAUCUCUGAGAAGCUUGUCCGGCGCCCCCUGCAGGCUGUCCAGGGCCGAGUCUGAGCGUAGAUGUCGUGUACCUGGGCAACCCCCAGGGGGUGCCCUGUGCCAUGACCGUGGCCGGUGCGAAUGCGGGGUCUGCAUCUGUCAAGUGACUGAACCUGGCACCUAUUUCGGACCGCUGUGUGAGUGCCACGACUGGGUGUGCGAGACCUACGACGGGAAAACCUGCGCAGGCCAUGGUACCUGUGACUGCGGGAAGUGCAGGUGCGAUGUGGGCUGGUCUGGGGAAGCUUGCCAGUACCCAACCAAGUGUAACCUGACCAAAAAAACCAGCAACCAGAUGUGCAGGAACUCUCAAGAUGUCAUCUGCUCCAAUGCAGGUACAUGCCACUGUGGCAGGUGCAAGUGUGAUAAUCCAGAUGGAAAUGGACUUGUUUAUGGCCAAUUUUGUGAGUGUGACGAUAGAGAAUGCAUAGAUGACGAAACAGAAGAAAUCUGUGGAGGCCAUGGGAAGUGUUACUGUGGAAACUGUUACUGCGAGGCUGGUUGGCAUGGAGAUAAAUGCGAAUUCCAGUGUGACAUCACCCCCUGGGAAAGCAAACGAAGAUGCACAUCUCCAGAUGGCAAAAUCUGCAGCAACAGAGGAACAUGUGUUUGUGGUGAAUGUUCUUGUCACGACGUUGAUCCAACUGGGGAUUGGGGAGACAUUCACGGGGACACGUGUGAGUGUGACGAGAGAGACUGCAGAGCUGUUUAUGAUCGAUACUCUGAUGAUUUCUGUUCAGGUCAUGGGCAGUGUAACUGUGGACGAUGUGACUGUAGGACAGGCUGGUAUGGGAAGAAUUGUGAGCACCCAAAAUCCUGCCCAUUGUCAGCUGAGGAGAGCGCCAGGAGAUGCCAGAGCGGCUCUGACCUGCCUUGUUCUGGAAGGGGCAAAUGCGAGUGUGGCAGAUGCACUUGUUACCCUCCAGGGGACAGCAGGGUAUAUGGCAAGACCUGUGAGUGUGAUGACCGGCGCUGUGAAGACCUGGAGGGUGUGGUCUGCGGAGGCCAUGGCACAUGCUCCUGUGGUCGUUGUGUUUGUGAGAAAGGAUGGUUUGGCAAGCUCUGCCAACACCCACGGAAGUGUAACAUGACAGAAGAACAAAGCAAGAGUUUGUGUGAGUCAGCAGAUGGCAUGUUGUGCUCAGGGAAGGGUUCCUGCCAUUGUGGAAAGUGUAUUUGUUCUGCGGAAGAGUGGUAUGUUUCAGGGGAGUUUUGUGACUGUGACGACAGAGACUGCGACAAACACGACGGUCUCAUUUGCACAGGAAAUGGAAUCUGUAGCUGUGGAAACUGUGAAUGCUGGGAUGGAUGGAAUGGAAAUGCAUGUGAAAUCUGGCUUGGCACUGAAUAUCCUUAAUGAUUCUAUGGGAGACAACUGGAUUCUUAUUUCUAGGCCAUUUUAGAAAUUUAGAGGAAAACAUGUAUACAGCAGUAGGAAAAACUAUUGUGUAUUUUUCUAUUUCUAACUGCCUGAGUGAAAUAUGGGUCUUCAUUAGAAACGACUUUAGCAAACUGAUGUAAAUUAUACCAUGAAGAAUUGUUCUCCCAUAAUUAACAUCAGUGUUUCACAACUGAGGAGGACAAUUUUGCAACCCACAAGACAUUUGGCAAUGUCUACAGAUAAUUUUGUUAUCAUACUGGGUAUGGUAGGAGUCCUUGUGCUAUGAGCAUUUUAGAGGUAGUGACCAUAGACAAUGCUGAAAACU